GAAAGAAAAAGUAUGACGCAAGAAAUAGUAUUUUGAAAGUAUCCAAAGUCUUUUUGAACUAUUCAGUGAAUAAAAUUUGUGCGUCGAUCUCUUCGUUGUUAUAUUUAUGUAUAAAAUACUAUAUAGUUGUGCGUGCGUGCAUAUUUAAAAAUCUCGCUUCUACAAUUUUUUUUCUAAAGAUCUCUUUUUUUGUUUUCCUUUUUCUUUUUUCUUCUUUGUAUUAUCCGCAUACAUUCGAAUCGUUCUUUUCCUUUCUUCUUUUAUCUUCUUUUUCUUUUUCAAAAUCGACGAGAAACUUUUUCGUAUCAUAGAUUUUAAUUAGAUGGACUGAAUAGAUUCGUCGGCGAGUCGUCCUUGAAAAAGGGGGAUGUGUUUUCGAAAAUAAAAAGGAAACGGAGAAAAGAGAUGAGAAAUAAAGAUGAAUCCAUAUAUACUAGUCAGAAUAAAAAAGAGAGAGAGAGAGAGAAAGAGAGAGAUAAAAUCGCAUAAAACAUUCGCGUAGAACGAAAAAAAAAAAAGAGAGAGAGAGAGAGGAAAUAAAACAUCGUCUGAUUUUAUAUUUUUCGAAAGAUCAUCCCCCUUUUCUAUUUUUCUCUCUUCGCUUCCAUUCACACGAAAGCGACAGAUUCCUCCUCGUUCAUUAUUUCCAGAACUGGCGAGACGAGACAUCUUCAAUAAAAGAAGAGAAGAGUAAUUGGAGAGUUUUUUUUUUAUUAUCCGAGAAUUUUUUUAUUACAACAAAUAGAGGAGAACAGAUACAUAUGUAUGUGUGAAAAAUAAAGAUAAAGAAGGAGGAAGAGGAGGAUGAAAAUGUAUCGUGUGAAGAAAGAUAGAAAGAGAGAGAAAAAAAAGAGAGAAAGAGAAAGUGUGUGUAACUGUUUUAAUCGAUGAUUACUCUUAGCUAUUAGCGUGUAGGUGUCGAUAUACGUAUAAUAUGAAAUAGGAAAAUUACCAGACGAUCGAUCAAUCUCGAGCUCGCACGACACGAGCUGAGUGCGUUCACCGUCGCUAGCCAAUUUGCAUCCUAUCGAUCUUUUUUGAUCCGUUCGUUUUUCUAAAUAAUCUCUUUAUAUUACAUAGCGUUUAAUGUGAACGUGUAUAUUCUAUGUUUAGUAAAGAGAGAGAGAGAGAGAGAGAGAGAGAGAGAGAGAACGAGUGAGCAUAUAUAUGUACGAUGAGAGAAAGAGAAAAAGAAUGAAAGAAAGAAAGAAAGAAAGAAAGAUCGAGAGAGAGAGAGAGAGAGAGAGAGAGAGAGACAUUUUUGUACACGCGAUAAACUCUUUAAGGAAAGAAAAAAAAAGAAAACAAAAAUCCAAAAAAAGUAAAAUACAGAAAGAAGAAGGGAAACGCGCGCGUGGAAACGUUCGUAGUUGCAAUUCUCGUAACCGAUCGUUCGAUCGAUCGAUCGAUCGAUCGAUCGAUUCUUAUGAUCGUUCGGUUAAUUGAUCGUUUCUUUUAUUAACCGAUUGACGUCAAAUGAUAUACUUACGAGUGAGACGACAUUGCGAAAAGCAUUGGGACACAUACACACACGCACAAAAAUAUACACAUACACAUAUAUACAUACAUACGUACAGAUAUACACGUAUACACGCACGCAAGCACGCAUGCAGGCACACAUAUAAUAAAUACAUGAGUACAUUUACACACAAAGUAAGGGAGAAGACGAGGGAGAAGGGAUAUUUCGGAAUUAUAAACGAAAAUGGGACGUUCUCGAUUGGACGAACGUUUUUUUUCAAGCCGCGACCUUUCCAUCGUGUUUUUUGCUUCUGAAACGAUCGAUAAUGAUCGAUAGAAAGCGGAUUAUCAUUCUCGGAAAAGAUGUGAUUUUUCCUCAACACCGUCACCACUACCACCACCACCACCAUCACCACCACCACCACGACGAUCUCCCAUCCCUGCUACUCCACCCCCCCUCCCCCACUCUCCCCAGGAUUUUUCCCAGCAGCUCGAAUUUCGCGAGCAAUUUUUUUUAAAACAAAUGCCACAUACCUCGAGCAUCGAACGAAAUUUUUCAACGGCGAUUAAGAUUUAAGGACAGACAAAGAGAAAUUUUUUAAUAACAAUGAAUAUUUUCGUAUUGAAUAAAUAAAAAAAAAAAAGUUAAGGAGAGGAGCGCACGCGAAGCGGACGUAGAACGAUGGAAAGGAUACGAGGAAAGAACGGGGAGAUUUCAUUUUGUGCGAGAGAAAAAGAGAGAGUGACAGAGAGUGAUAGAGAGUGAGAGAAAGAGAAAGAAGAGAGAAAGAGAGAGAGAGAGAGAGAGAGAGAGAGAGAGAGAGAAUGAUAUAAAAACGUAGAGACAGCGAGACGUAAUAACGCUGAAGUGUACGAUGGAUAAAUGGUGAAAAAUAAAAAGACGUGGGGGAAAAGGGGCGGUUAGCUUAGGAUGGCGAAUUUUUUACCUUUUUCUAAAAAUACGACACUCGACUUUAGGGCGUUCGAUAGGCGAAUCGAUUACUCGAAUUAAUAUUUAAAGUGGAGUCUUCGAAAGUAGAUGUGAAAGAUUAGUUAAUCGGAGAGAGUUGAGAGAGAUAGAGAGAAAGAGAAAGAGAGAGAGAGAGAGAGAGAGAGAGAGAGAGAGAGAGACAGAAAGAAUGUUUCAAAUAGUGUGAAUAAAAAUGUGUGUGAAAGAGAGAGAAAGAGAAGGAUAGUGUGAGAGUUUGCGCGUGAGCAGAAGAAGAGAAAGGAUAGAAAAAAAGGAAAACGUGUAGAGAGAGAGAGAGAGAGAGAGAGAGAGGAAGAAAGUGCGAUAGAAUGAUAAAGAAAAAAAGGGGAAAAAAAUAAGUAACAAAAUCUUUUCUUUUUUCUAUUAGUGCAGCAAGAGAAACAUAGUUUCGUGUGUAAAAAAAAAAAAAUUAAAAAAAAGAAAAAAGAAAAAAAAAGAAAGAAAAAACAUUACAGAUACACAACGUAAUAUUCCGUGUAGAUGAAAACAAUAACCGAGCAAAGUAAAAGAAAGAUAAAAGAAAGCAAAAAAGUAAAAAAAAAAAAAAAAAAGAAAAAAGGUCGUUCGUAAUACUCGUAUAAUUACGAUGAUAAUUAUUGUUCGGGGCUAUAAUAAAGGUAUUUUUCCUUCUCUUUGGUAGAUUUAAAUAACUUCAACGUAUAUAUGUUCGAUAACGUUGCCUUUACGACUAUUGAUCUCUUCCUUCUUCUGUAAUAAAAAAAAAGAUUAACAACUAAAAAAAAAAAAGUGAGAGAGAGAAAGAAAUAAAUAAUCACGUUAACUUGAGCUCCUUUUUAGUGCUUGUGAUGUACGAAAUAACGAAAACAAAAACAAAAGCAAAAGCAAAAAAAAAAGAAGAAAAAGAGAAAAGAAAGAACGAUUCUAAUUCGUUGAUUAUAAAAAAGAAAAAAAAAAAAGAAAAGAAAAUGAGGAAAAAAAAACAAAAAGGGGGGAACGGCUCUCGCGCAUUAAAAGAAAAAUUCUUAAAUUAAAAAUUAUUAAACGAAAAUAUUCUUUUUUUGAAGAAUCAUUACAGUUAGAUUCAAUUUCAACGAUUCUAAAAUAAAAAAAACUAAUAAUAUCUAAUAACAAUGAUAAUGAUAAUGAUAAUGACGAUAAUGAUGAUGAUGAUGAUGAUGAUGAUGAUGAUGAUGAUGAUGAUGAUGAUAAGGAUAACGAUGAGAAUGAUAAUGAUAAUGAUGAUGAUGAUGAUGAUAAUAACGAUGAUGAAGGAUAUAACAAUAACAAUAAUAAUAUUACUUGCAUAACAAUAAUAACAAUGUCUUUGAUGUGACCGAUGCGUUGAAGAAGAAAAAAAAAUGAUAUUAAACAAAACCAAAAAAAAAAACACAAAAAAAAGCUAAAACAAAAAAAAAAGAAAUAAGAAACAAAGAAAGAAAAGAAAGAAUUUUUGUAAACUUUUGAUGUUCGCGUUUUCUCUGUCGCGUUGUUUCGCAAAGACUGUUUUGUCCACCGAACGUCUUUCUCUUAUAUAGAUACGAGAUAUGUAUUUACUUUAUUUUUCCGUUUCCUUUUUACAAUAUGGAAACAAUUUUUUUACGUAGGAAAAUGGUAGAUGGUAAAUCAUGUUAUUUAUGGUUCAUUACAUAUUACCGUAUACACAUACAUAUACUCUCGUACAUAGAAACACAGACAUAUACAUAGAAACGUACACACGAACAGACAUAUUUAUAUAUAAUAUACAUAUUAUACGUACAUAUUAUCUACUAGCAGCUUAAAUCUACCUCUAUUGAAUGAUUCACAUAAUAGCCAUUUUUUUUUUUCUUUAAGGAUUCGUCUUAAGAUCUUGUGCUCUUUAUAUAUAUAUAUAUGUAUAUAUAUAUAUAUAUAUAUAUAUAUAUAUAUAUAUAUAUAUAUAUGUGUAUAUACACACAUAUUUUUUUCUACUUUUAUUAAAAAUUUAUAUACUCGCCGUUUUAUUCUCGCGAGAAACAAGAAAUUAGAUUCUUCUUCUUCUUCUUCUUCUUCUUCUUAUUAUUAUUAUUACUAUUAUUAUUAUUAUUAUUAUUAUUAUUAAUAUUAUUAUCAAAAUCCGCUGGCCUGCGAGAGAAAAUAUUAAUAAUAUCGUACAUAAAUCCACGAUAUGUCGUAAGCCUACAGCGUAAUAUUAUCUAAUUAUAGGAACGCAACUCCGUUUAUAUUACCGAAGCCGUCGAGCAGUGCAAUUUGUAAAUUUUAUUAAUAAAUUAAAUGAACGCUUUCGUAUCAACGUGCAAUUGGUAACGCAAAAAAGGAAAGGAAAGGGAAGAGAGGGGAAGGGAAAAGAAAGAAAGAUAGGAAGGAAAGUGACGAAUGCACGAAAAAUUUUUGGCAUCGUACGCGUUCUAUAAAUUUCUACAAGCUGUAUUACUAGCGAAUUAUUCGCAUAGAUCGCUAGCGUGCGAAAUGAAUUUCUGUUCCACCGUGAAAAAUGAUAUUUUUCUCGCGAGGAACGAAAGAGGAAAGAAAAAAGAAAAGAAAAUGAAAACGAAAACGAAAAAAAAAAAAAAACAGACAAGAAGAAUUUUCUUUUCUUUUCUAUUUCGAACAAAACGUAUGCGAUCUUCGUUUUAUUUAUUUUUUUAUUUUCUUUUUUUUUUUUUUUUGACACGAUAGAGUUUGACCUUAAUCUUAUUUAUUAUUUUUUCUUCUUAAUCGUUUCAAAAGGGGAGAAAGAAAUGAAAGAAAGAAGAUUAGAGGAAUAAUUUUUUUGCAAGUUGUGUGAGUUAAUAGCGAACCAAUCGCGAUAGCGAAAGCGCCUUAACGCGAUGACCGCGUGUAUUCGAUUAUUAGAAAGAGAUAGAGAGAGCAUAAUUCCACUGUGAUCGAUCGGCUGCGCGAAAGCCAUUUAAUAAAGAAUAAUGAAAGAGAAAUUUUAUCGAAAAUAACGCAACGCGAUGAUCGAAAUCUUUCGAAGAAUUUCUCUUUCAUUUUCUCUUUUCUGUUUUUCUUUUUCUUUUUCUGUUUCUCUUCUUUUUUUCUUUUUCUUUCUCUUUUUUUUUUCUUUUCUUUUUUUUCUUCCAACUCCGAACGACCACGAUAAAAAGACGAUCGUUCGAGUUUCGUCCAGAAGACAAAGAAAUUAUAUUACAAAAAUACGAAAACAAAAAAAAAAAGAUAAUAUCCUGAAGAACGGCAAGCGGGUGGUACAUGGGAAAAAAUUGGGAAAAGAAAGAUGAAAAAGGAAAAAAAAUCAAACCGUCACGCCCGGACCAGGAAACUAUUUGUAAAUUCUCUCUUUUUCAGAAUCGACGAAAUCUUUGUAACGUAAAACGUAGCCGUAACGAUUGAUAAUCGUAGCUUAAUUAGCGAAAUAAUACACAUAAUAGAGUUUAUUUUUUGGUCGCAAGAUAUUGUUAUAAAACAAAAAAAAAAUAACUGUAACCGUGAGAGAGAGAGAGAGAGAGAGAGAGAGAGAGAGAGAGAGAGAGAGAGAUUGUUGGAAUCGGUUAGCUCACGCGAUGUGUAUGAAAGAAUGUGAAAGACAGGAAUAGAAUGAAUGUUAGAGAGAGAGAGAGAGAGAGAGAGAGAACUUUUAAAAAUGUGCGAAAAGAGAGAGAGGAAUGUCAAAAUAAAUGCUCGACGAAAUCGUCGAAAAGCAAAGAGUGCGAUUUGCUUUUAAUCGAAACUAAAAAAAAAAAAAAGAAAAAGAAAAAAAAGAGAAGAAAAAGAAACGUAUAUACGUUAUAUACGAUGUAACAACCGACAAUGAAUGAUUGUUACAUAACGUGGAUACGUUGAUAUUAUACAUUAUAUACAUAGCUACAGUGUAACGUGGUUAUAAGUGUUAACUGAAAUAAUACGUAUAGCACUACACGGUAGUGUAUAAGCUGCGAGCUGCAAUAGAGUCCCAUACAGUUGUUACCUAUAUCGAAGGAUAAGCGGUCCGAUAAUUCUUUCGAUUAUCGUUUCGAUUACCGUAUUUUUCCCGUCGAGGGUAUAGAGAACGAAAGAAAAGCAAGAAAAAAAGAAAAAGAAAGAAAAAGGAAAAGGAAAAAGGGCAGACGGGAGGAUUAAGGGAGCGUGGAAAAAAGAAAAACAAAAAAAAGAGAGAAAAGAAAGAAGAAAAAGUCAAAAACGAAGUUCUCAUUGAGCGAGACUUUCGAGAUAUCGAUUUUCUCGUAAUUGUCUCUUGUUUUUCUCUCUCGAUUCGAAAACGAUUCGAAUCGAUUAAUCGAUACUAAUCGGAGUCGAUCGGACGUCUCGUCUCGAUGAAGCAUACGUUUUUCUUUUUUUCUUUUUAUCGAUCACGAGGUGUGAGCGUGGUGUGCCCCGACGAAAAAAAAAAAGGAAAAAAAAAGAAAUGAAAAUAAGAAGAAAAAAAGAGAGAGAGAGAGAGAGAGAGAGAGAGAGAGGGUGAAAGUGGUAGCUUCAUUUUGUAAUUUUUUUAUAUCGCCCGAAUAGCGUAGGAAAGUCAAAAAGUAGCUGUGAAACUUAUCGUUGGAGGGAGGGUGGUUCGAAAAAGAAAAACGAAAAAACAAAAAAACAAAAAAAAAACAAAGCCCCGAAAAAAAAAUAAAAAAUGAAAGAAAGAAGCAAACGAAAAAAAAAACAAACAAAAGCAUAAAAAAUAUAGCUCGCGGGUACACCACGGAUCCUCGAGGAUUUUCUUUUCUUCUUUUCUUGUUUCUUUCUUUCUUUCUUUCUCUUUUUUUUUUUUUCUUUUUUCCUCUUUUUUUCGACGGACUGCGGAAAACGAUUUUUCGCUAUGUUUAUUGCGGCGAUUAGUCAAAAGAAACGAAAGAGAGAGAGAGAGAGAGAGAGAGAGAGAGAGAGAGAGAGAGGAAAGAGAAAGUAUGUGUGUGUUCGUGUGUGUGUGUGUGUGUCUGUGCGUUAGAAAAAGAUUGUGAGAAAGUAAAAGAGAGAGAGAGAGAGAGAGAGAGAGAGAGAGAGAGAGAGAGAGAGAAUAAUUAGACGAAGAAAAAAGAAAGAAAUGAAACGUGAAAGGAUGAAACGUGCAGGUGCUCUGCGUGCGUGCGUGCGUGUGUGUGCACGCCAUUUUGAGUGAACGUACAUGUAAAUAUAUAGAGAAAAAAAGGUGGAAGGUGAAG